UUAACCCCCACGCGUCAGCUCGCAGAGUCGGAAGAUCUGUGAAACCUCCGUAAGCCCCAGUGUGACUCGCACUUUCCUUCAGCGCCAACUCGGAUGAACUGACUCAGCUACUUUUAAUCUCACAGCCGAUUCCUGUCGAGUCUAGCUGAGUUGAUCACUAGAAUGUGAUGCUUUGAAAUUCUAAGAGCAUAAAAUGGUGGAAUUCACUGAUCCUAAGGCUAGUUCUUAGAUCCAUUAGGUCACUAUAUGUCUUUGCUUAUGAACACUGGUUGGAGAUUAUUUUAUUCAUGCUCAGAGAGGACGCUGUAAGCUUGCUAAUGUGCUUAAACUGUCACAACCUCUGGGGUUUGUCUCUAAUCUGAUAUACUUGCUUCUUAUGGAACUUUAGAAGUAUUUUGGUUGGAUUAUAAUUUGAUGAGGAAGCCAAUAAGGUGAACUGAUCAACCAUUAUAUAAUUUGAUUUGAUUAUCUUAAGGUACCUUUUUUGGUGACAUUGUAAAUUUUCUGGUUGAAAUAGCCUAAAUAAUGCCCUGCUAUAUUACCUGACAAUAUUUGAGAGCAGCAGCAAUUAUCAAAUUAUCUUAUUGUCUUUCAUUAAUUACUUAUCCACUACCACUGACAACCUUUUAAUGUUUGCCAAAUUGUGACAUAUUUUUACAUGAUCAUUCCAAAUUAUGAUUGGUAAAGAAGCAAAUGAAGGAUGCUAAUGAUUAAUGACAAUUUAUUGGUGCUUAUUGUACUAAUCUUGGAUUAAAUUUCUCAUCCAAAAAGGUAUGCUCACCAUCUAUGAAAAUUCAGUUUCAAAAGGUUUGCACGUUAUGGUAGUUAUAGAUGAAUGUCUAUGCCAGAGCCAGAAUUUUUUAGUAGCUUUUAUCCUGUAAUUAAUCAGUUUUAUUUUGUUUCUACUGAUUUUAAUUUGCAUAUAUAAUUAUCUUAAUUUCAUUGUUAAGCAGAUUUUAUUCUCGCUUUUCUGUCUGUCAUGUUGUCCUGCAUGGUUCUUUGACACUUUCAAGUAGGUUCACCUAUCCUAUCAUCUUAGCGUACUUUUUUUUGACAACAGUCAAGGCCAUUAGAAGGGACAAGUUUAAUUACACUAUCUGAUUGUCUAUGGAACUUGAUAUAGGAAGUUGUGAUGGCAUUUGCAACAUUAUUUAUUUUUUGCCCAUAAUACUUAGUUUAAAACAUUAUUUAUUUAGUGUUCCUUUCAAUUUUUUCUCAGAUGGAAGAAGUUUGUCUCAAUAGUGAGCCAGUAUUUGAUGAAGGCAAUGACUAUGAGUUUGAGGAAGACUGUAGUGCAGUAGAACAUGACAAUGAAACUAGUGAAAGAUAUUUAAAGAAAGAACCCCUCCCACCUACUGUGGGUUUGGAGUUUGAUUCUUUUGAUGAAGUUUAUGAUUUUUAUAAUGUAUAUGCUAAGGAACAAGGAUUUGGCAUUAGAGUGAGCAAUUCAUGGUUUAGAUCGAAGAGAAAGGAACGGUAUAGAGCAAAACUUAGCUGCAGUAGUGCAGGUUUUAAGAAAAAGAGUGAAGCAAAUAAUCCACGACCAGAAACAAGAACUGGUUGUCCUGCAAUGAUAGUCAUUAGGCUUGUGGACUCAAAAAGGUGGAGAAUAGUUGAAGUUGAGCUUGAACACAACCAUCCUGUGAACCCCCAAAUUAAACGGUUUUAUAAGUCGCAUAAAAAAAUGAUUAUUGCAGCUCAGAAAGCUCAACAACCUCCAGAGCCUGUCACAGAAGUACACACCAUCAAAUUGUAUCGAACAGCUCUCAUGGAUGCUGGGAGUAAUGGAUACUCAAAUUUUGAUAAAAGAGAGGGUGCUAAUCUUGUUGAUCACUCUAAACAUUUGGAACUUAAAGAAGGAGAUGCACAUGCAGUGUAUAACUACUUUUGUCGCAUGAAGUUGACAAGUCCAAACUUCUUUUACUUGAUGGAUCUUGAUGAUGAUGGGCGCUUGAGGAAUGUGUUUUGGACUGAUGCUAGAUCCAGGGCUGCAUAUGGAUAUUUUCAUGAUACAGUUGCAAUUGACACAACAUGCUUGACAAACAAAUAUGAGAUCCCUCUGAUUUCAUUUGUUGGUGUUAACCACCAUGGACAAUCAAUAUUAUUGGGCUGCGGCUUUCUUGGACAUGAUUCAGUAGAAUAUUUUGUUUGGAUUUUCAGGGCAUGGCUUAAAUGCAUGCAAGGGCGUCCUCCACAGGUUAUCAUUACUGACCAGUGUAAACCCUUGCAAAGUGCAGUGUCUGAGGUCUUCCCUGAAGCCCAUCAUUGUUAUUGCCUGUCAUAUAUUAUGCAAAGAGUUCCAGAGAGGUUGGGAGGGUUGAAGGGAUUUGAAGCCAUCAAAAGACAAUUGAACAAGUCAGUGUAUAAUUCUUUGAAGAUAGCUGAGUUUGAGACUUCUUGGGUUGAAAUGAUCAGGCAGCAUGGACUGGGUGAUAAUAAAUGGCUACAAACAUUAUAUGAAGAGAGGCAACGGUGGGUUCCAGUUUAUUUGAAGGACAUAUUUUUUGCGGGAAUGAUUCGCAUACAAGAAAAUGAAGGUUCAAAUGCUUUUUUUGAUGGUUAUGUACAUAAACAUACAUCUUUUAAGGAAUUUGUUGAUAAGUAUGAUCUAGCACUACACAGGAAACACCUUAGAGAAGCCAUGGCAGAUCUAGAGUCGAGAAACUCGAGCUUUGAGUUGAGAACAAAAUGCAAUUUUGAAGUGCAGCUCUCUAAAGUGUAUACAAAAGAAAUUUUUAAGAAGUUUCAGUCUGAGGUUGAGGGGGUGUACUUGUGCUUCAACACAAGACAGGUUAGUGUUAACGGGCCAAUAGUUACAUACAUAGUUAAAGAACGGGUAGAAGUGGAAGGAGGUGAGAAGGAGGUUAAACAUUUUGAGGUUUUAUAUGAGACAAGCCAAGUGGAUAUUCGAUGCAUAUGCAGCUUGUUCAAUUACAAAGGUUAUCUAUGCAGGCAUGCAUUAAAUGUUCUUAAUUAUAAUGGGGUGGAAGAAAUCCCUGCCCGCUACAUUCUGCCGCGUUGGAGUAAAGAUUUCAAGUUCAAGUGUUUUCCAGAUCAUGUUUCCAGUAAUAUUGAUGUGUAUAACCCAAUUUACCGGCAGAUUCAUCCUUAUAAGGUGGCCAUUCCAAUUGUGGAAGGAGGAGCACAAUCACCAGAUCAUUAUAAGAUUGCUUUGCAAGAAUUGGAGGACUUGUUGAAUAAAUUAAGUCUUGUAGACAACUAGUGUAAAUUAGAUGCAUAGUUGUGUGUAGAAACUAGCAAGAAAUUCAAAAUGCCUUUUCACAUUAAUGGAUUCCCUUUUUUUCUUUUC